AUGAGAAGCCGCAAACCAGAUGAUCCUCAGCAAAGAGCUAGAAAGUAUCUCCAUAGUCUUUCUUUAGCUUUCAUCGGUUUUCCCCAACGCCAAGACAAGAGAAAUGGUUGUCUUAGGUCGAACUUGGAACCCAAGCGUCCUGGCACUGUGCGACUCGAGCCUGAAUAA